AUGUCGGAAAACUUGAAAAGAGCAGAGUCCUUGUUCAACAGGAUCAUGAACCAGAAUAAGCCCGCAGAGCCCAAGCUGGGCCAUUCGGGCUCGUAUAGAAAUAGAGACGGCUCUCAAAGAGAAGGCCACCACCAUCGCUCGCUGCAUCGCUCCAAUAACAGCUCGAACAGCUCCAACAACAACAACCGCUCUGCUCAUCGUAACAACAACUCCUCCAAUUCAGACCACCAGCAUAGUAACCAUGGCAACGGCUACAGUCACCACAGAGACCAUCAAGACACGCAUCUGGCGCUUGCAAACAUCGAGUUGCCUAAAAGAGACCCGAUCAAGGAAGCCAACGCCGCCUUGGCCUUGGUACCUGAAGAUCACCAUAUCUUGCCAUACUGUUGGACAGUGUGGCACCAUCUGAGAACUAAGAACACGAGUAAGGAGGAAGCAGAUAACGCAGCGGAAAAUGCAUCGAAACCGGCUGAACAAGUGGCAAACUCGGCCUCUGCUGCGGUGGACUCGUACCUUCAAACAACCAACGAGAUCGAGUUUGCCUGUGUGUCCAACUCCAUGUUGACAACGAAAAGCAUAGCAUCCGUGGAGCAGUUGUGGAGCAGCUUGUGCCAGAUCAAAAGAGCGUACGAAUUGCACCACGGCACGCAGCUCCUCAUAUUCAAAUCAGGCAUCAACCCGGUUUGGGAGGACCCCAUCAACGCCAAAGGGGGAAGAUGGGUAUUUAGGUUCGGUCGCAGGUCCCAUCCUGGUAAUGGACCCGACAAGGAUCCCGAGAUGAGCGCCAGAGUGAGGCAAAGAACGUCAAUGAUCUGGGAGAGAUUGGUGCUCAGGACAUUGACAGGCUCCUUGAUCCCAGACAAGCAGCACCUGAAGCAGGUCCAGGAGCAAAUCUUGAGCGACAUUUCCGGGUUAGCAUUGAGCAUUCGUAGAGACGAAGACAUUGUGAGUUUGUGGAACUCCAAUUCCAGUUUUGGGCGCAGAAGAGGUGGCAGCAGCGACGACGAGAAACCAUUGCCGCUUUUACAGGCCCGCAGAAUCAUGUGUGAUGCCAUUUUGCGUGUCAUCCGUGAGUGUGACUUGAUCCUCCAAGGCUCGGACUGUGUGGAAACCGUGGCUACUGGCUCUACUGAGCGUGUUGCAGGUGUCUCUUUCGAAUACAGGCUUCAUGCUGAGUCCAACAGCACCACCACCUAUUGGGAUAGAAGAAGAAAGAACCAUCACCAUAAAGAAGAGCAUCCACGUGAGCAACCCCAGGAGGAAGCAGUUGCUUGA